GUUACUCCGCUUUCCAUCGGUCUCAAUGAUGGAACUGGCUCCGAAAACUACGACACUAGAUAUCGACUAUCCCGCAGUCAAGCGGCCCACGUUACAGGCGGAAAUCGGAACUGAAUAGCAAACAUAACCGCCAAGAUCAAAGUCAAACCGCCACUGAUGCCGGCGGGAGAAUCGUUCAUGUCGAGUUCUAUGGCCUAAGGGAUAUCGAUGUAGCAAGUGGAUAGACUCGCAGGUCAGAUCAGGACCUGCGCACAGCCACAUAAAGCUGAUGAAACCUGAUACUGGAUUAUAAAUACACAAUAAUUAGUAUACAGUCAUUACAAGAGACGUGGGUACUUGGGAAAUCGGGGGAUGCACCACUCUGAGGAAGCGGCGCUGGCUAUGGCUACAUGAUAUACGGCAGAGCAGAAACCAGAAAUCAGGGUCAAGAUUAUAAAAACAAGCAGGAGGAAGAACCCAUGGACAUCUGAGCAGAUGGAUCGUCGUGCGACUACUCGAACUCGUUUGCGUAGCUCGCUGCAUAUGCCAUAUCGACCGGUUUCGCAAUCAACAUUCCGAUGUCGAUCGACGGCCGCGCAGCGAAAUGCAGUUCUCCUGAAUCAGACGCAAACUCGAACGGGGGGUAAUGCACCGGCUCAGGCGCAGGAGUAGGAGCAGCAGACUCUGGGUACUGCAGUUGCGGAGACAGCGAUGAGGUCUGAGCAACUGGCGUCGGGGUCGAAGAUUCCAUGACAACAGGGUCUUGGACAUCGUACACUUCAGGCGCGGGCGGCUCCGAGUACUGAGGCGCGGGCGGGUGGAAUUCGACCGAGUUCAGCGGGGAGACAGGGUUCAUCGGCUGGGGUGCGUGCAGCACGGACGCCUGUUGUACUUCGAAGUUCGCCAUCGCCAGCUCGGAAACCGGCGCUCCACCAAAGGUGUUCAGGAAACCCGGGUGGAAAAGCGACGUGUCCGCAUCCGGAAGCUCCUCCGGCAGCUGCUGCUCAUACUCUGCAGCGUCGCUGCCGCAAGUGUUGAACUUGAACGACGUCGGGGAGAAGAACGCCUGCGCACUGCUUGCCCGGCGGCCGAUCGGAUCAAAAGUGUUCGCAGCGUAACCGGUUCCACCAGCAGCAUACCACGUCGACGAAUACGAGUUGCGGAACCCGAAGCUGAAGCUCGGUCGCAUGUAACCAGUCGACCCCAUCGAACCCCACGAUAACGACAUCCGCUGUGAACCCGCGCUGAUGCCGAUCGCAGCACCCGACAACGAAUCUUCCGCAGCGGUCGGCGGCGGGGGCAGCAUCCACGAACCGACGUUGGUGUGGUCGAUGGGGAAAUGAAUGGGAGGAAGCGUCAGCGCAUUGGAAUUGACGCUCAUGGUCGCUUCAUCGUGUCCGUAAAAUGGUCCAUAGUGGCAUUCGGUCGGCAGCGGUACACUAGAGCUCCGACGGUGUCUCCAACGAUCAGAGGAAUCGAGCUGCUGCUGCUGCUGGUACAGGGGCAUAGGCAGCGGCAUCUGAUACGGAGAUCCCGCGGUCAACGUCGAAGACGGUGGGGAGCUCACAUCCCGGGAGAGAUAAAAAGCGCCAGGAUCCAAGUUGAGCGGGUGCGGAUACUUGGGCAUCGACAUCGGCACAUCCGUACCAUAUCCAUCGGGAAUGUUGGGGUUGUACAAAAGUUCGGGACCAGGAGACGGCGAGUCUGUGAACGCCCGGUCGGUGGCAGUCUCGCUCUUGGACAGCGCGUAUUCGGCGCGUCGGCGCACAUCGAGUUCAUUCACCGCGUCAGUGAGCUCGUCGCCUUUCUUCCCCUGCAGCAACAGCGAUGCGAUAUCCUCCGAUCGCUUCUCCUCCAUCUCGUGCUUGAUCGUCCGCGCGGCGUUGUAAUCGCUGUUGGAGUACGAGCCGAUGGGCGCGCGCGCUUUGCCGUGGACGGGUCGGAACUUGUAGUCGGGGUACAUGAUCUUGUGUUCCGCCUUGGCGUCCUUCGCCUUCUUCUCCCAUGUGGCCUUCUCGCGCAGAGACAGCGAGCGCCAGACGGUGCCUGAUGACAGAGAGAACGGUCAGCCAUCGUCAAUCACAGACACUGCGAGGACGCUCAUACCGAUGAUCUUGCUGAGACUGCUUUCGCACGGAACAGCAUGAAU